AAUUUAGUCUGAUAUUCGACACAAUCGGGAGUACAUUGAGAACCUUUUCCUUUGGUAUUUGGCAAAAUGGGAAAAUUUGAGCCAAUCCCAGAGUUCUUCGCUGGUCGGGAUGUAUUUGUAACAGGAGGUUCGGGAUUGAUUGGGAAGACCCUUAUUGAAAAGAUUCUGUACUCGUGUUCAGGAGUCAACAAGAUUUUUGUGUUGUUGCGAGCAAAAGGUGGUCGGAAUGUCGAGGAGAGACUUGAGAAUCUCAAGAAGUCUGAUGUUUUCCAGAGGAUCAGAACUAAGGCACCUGAUUUAUUUGACAAACUGGAAGCCGUUGAGGGAGAUAUCUGCGAGAGAGGAAUGGGUGUAAAUGUAUUGGUUCCUCAGGAGAGACUCUCCAAUGUUUCUGUGAUAAUACAUGGUGCCGCUAGUGUCCGUUUUGAUGAUCCUCUAAAGAAGGCAGCAAUUAUUAAUAUCUGCGGAACUAGGGAGAUUCUAAAUUUUGCCGAAACUCUGACUAAACUCCAGGUUUUCCUUCACAUCUCAACGACUUUCUGCUAUCCAGAGUACAAAUUCCUUCAAGAAGAACUGUAUCCGCCAACGGCUGAUUGGCGAAAGAUUCUCGGGAUUAUCGAGAGUCUCGAUGAAGAAGUUGUUUGUGCAAUGGAAAAGAAGAUCAUUGGGCAUCAACCCAAUACGUAUACCUUUACCAAAAACUUGUCUGAGCAUCUGGUUUAUGAGUACAGACAAAAGGUUCCUAUUGUCAUCUAUAGGCCAUCAAUCGUAACACCGGCUGUGAUGGAACCCUUCGCCGGAUGGAAUGAUAAUGUCAAUGGACCGGUAGGGAUCAUGAUGGCAACGGGAAGUGGACUAAUUAGGACUCUAUUUACUGAUCACAAGGUUGUCCUUGACUUCAAUCCCAUAGAUGUGACUGUCAAGGCCAUUAUCAUUGCCAUUAGGCGUCAGGGUAUCCGAACCCGAGAAGAGAUCUUUGCAAAUCCCCCUCCGAUCUACAACGGAUCUUCCAGGGAUGUUAACCCAGUAUCCUACUACGAAUUAGCCAUGCUGGGCAAUUCAUGCAUCCCAAUGGUACCCUUUGACUACAUGGUUUGGCCAAUUAGUUUUAUAGCCACAACCUGGUUCUUACUUUUCUACCUAAGAGUCAUCUUCCUCCAACUAGCACCUAGCAUCCUCAUCGAUAGCAUCAUCAAGCUAAGCGGACGUCAACCGAUAGUCAUGAAACUUCAACGACGUCUCUACUUAGCCCAAAUCAGCCUUGCCUACUUCAUGAGGCAGACCUUUGACUUCGAGAACGUCAACUACGUCUCCCUGUUGCACGAUCUUCACGGAAGUGAUAUAGAUUCAUUCGGAUUCAGUUACUACCGAGAUGUCGAUCAUAUUCUCUACUUUGUCAUGUGCAUCCUCGGUUCGAGGCGUCAUAUCCUAGGUCAAAAAGAUGAAAAUCUCCCAAUGGCCAGACGGAGAUUUGCCAAGAUGGUCUUCUUUCGCAAUUCUCUUCAAACCAUCUUCUACGCUGUUGUCGCAUGGUUUGGCUUCAACUACUACAAAACUCACUAUGCGGUGGCAACUUAAGUGAGGCAGCACUUUGCACAAUGCAUCUCAUUACACUCAUGUUCUGUACGAGGGCAUCCGGGGUCAGGAUAUUCAAUGAACUUACAUUUGCUAUUUGAGCUUCCAUUCUCCAUGCUUUUUCACUUAUUCUUCACGCUUUUCAGCUAUUUACAUUCAAUUCAUUUGAAGUUACCACUCUGCAAAUUUCCUCUUUCAGCUCGUUAGCGAAAAAUAAAUGCUCUUCUUAACUGCUGGAUUUUUUUCUUGAUUCACAUUUGUAUGGUAUUACUUUUGCUUUAAAUUUUGUUGAUUGAUUUAUAAAUCUUUCAAUAAAAAUACUUUUUUGCUAAUA